UGUCACGUGACCAAAUGAAAUUGAAUCAAUUCCUAGAUAGGCUGGUAAGUGUUGUACAACCGAGUCUUAUACAUUGCGAUUUUCUAAAUAAAUAACUCUCUCUAUAUAGAUAUUAAAACAAAGAAUCAGGAUGAUAGCUUAUUGAUAAAUUUGAUUUUAGGGCAUCUGUCACCUUAUUUAUAAUAUUUUCAAUAGGAAUACAUAUAAAUUGUAAUCGAACCCAUUGUAAAUCAAUUGGAUAGAUUGCAAAUUAAUGAAUUAUUCGAAAAUCAGAUACAUAUAAAACAAAGGAGGAAUAUAGAAGAGAGGAAAAAAUAGAAGAAAAAGAAGAGGAAGAGGAAGAAGCAAAAGUAGAACAGAAUGGUUGAUGCACCACCACCAAGCUACGAAGAAGUUAUUCGUGCCGAAGGAGCUGGAAUAGAAAAUUCCUAUCCAAAUCAAUCUUUAAGAUCAGCUGGAUCAGAUCUACGCUUUACGUUUAUCGAUUUUACAGCAAAUUGUCUUAUAGAAAAAAAUAAAUUCUUUAAAUGCGAAUAUGAAAAAUUUUGCAUCCUAAUUAAAGAAGCUAAUGAAUGGCUUGCGCAAAAUGCAACGUUUGCAGUUAUAAAUUGUGAAGUUUUGUGCUGUCAAAAAGAUGGCGUAUCUCUUCCAUUACAAACAGAUAAAUCUUAUCAGAUUCCACAAACAAGAACUGAACAGAAUGGUGAAGUUUCUACUGAGUAUAAAUAUCUUAAUUUAGUAAAAUUUCUUAGAGUCUAUCUUCGAUCAAAAAAUCCAGGGGAGCCACUAGAAGCCGACCAGAUUGGUCAUACUUGCAUUCAACCCACCAAUAGAGAUAAAUCCAUGCCAUCUUCAUACUCGUAUUAUUCGUAUGAUGACACACUAAUUAAAUUUAAUUCAACAAAUAAAGCUUGUCCAGUCGAAGGUCGUAUUAAUAAUGUUGAAAGGAUUGGAUUAAAUAGAGAAAAAAAUCCAGAAGAAUUAAAGCAAUACGAAGAUUCUGAUAAAAUCUUUCACGUUCCUUUAUGUACGAUGGUCUAUUACAUAAGAGGACAAUCGGCUGAUCCUAGAAUUCCAAUUGAAAACGCCGACUUUAUUCCAGCAGUUAUACAGAAUAGUUCAUGCUUUUACUUCAGAAAGCAUGAAUCAUUUACCUCUUUAAUGUCUCGAAUUCAAACAUGGGUUAGAACAAAUUCUUUUAUAAAUAUAUUGAAUUUACAAACCAUUCAAGUUAGCUUUAAUAAAGCUAAAAGAGAAGAUGUAGCCUACGAUCCUGGAUAUUUUAGAACUAAAUAUACAUUGAAGCCAUAUGUUCGAUUUAUAAGAAUAUACUUUACUCGUACUUUUGAUGCUGAACCCAGACCUGAUUUUACAAUUAGCUGCAGAACAUUUCUACCUGCAUUACAAUCGAGAACUGCAAAAGGACGCUCACCUACUUUCGAGACAAUGAGUAGUUUAUUAAGAAGAGAGAUAUUUCCUUUUCUUCAAUAUAAUUCCAAGGCAAAGAUUAUAAAUGCUGAAACCUUACCUUAUUUAUAUAAAGCCAAAGUCGACGAUAUGCAAAGCUACACUGGGGAUUCAGAAGUCUAUGCUUAUAUAUCAUGUAUUAGAAUAUUCUUUGAAGGUCUUGUCACUGAACCUCCCCCUGGUUAUAUACCUUUAUCAAAUCAUCCUCGCAUUUACGAAGAUGCCGAAGAGUGCUGUUUAUUGUGAAAUUGUGUUUUCUUUCAUUAGAGUAACGAAAACCUUGCCAUUUUGUUUUUUGGUUUACUUCCUUUACUUAAAUGCUUUUAUAUUCAAAUGAAUAAAUUAAAUAAUAAAUUAACUGUUUAAUUU